AUGGAGAAGUUUGGCAUGAAUUUUGGGAGCGGCCCCAGCAAGAAGGACCUGCAGGAGACGGUGGAGGCGCAGCGGAAGCAGCUGGCCCAGUACCAGGGGCGGCUGAAGGACGUGGUGCGGGCCUACAAGAGCCUGCUCAAGGAGAAGGAGGCCCUGGAGGCCAGCCUGAGAGUCCUCUCCGUCUCCCACCAGGCGGACGCGGGCUGGAGCCGGGCCCCGCCGCCGCUGGGGCCCGCCGGCUCCAGCCCGGACCCCAGCGACGACAGGGCUUCCGUGCACAGCGAAGACAGCGCCGGGACGGCGGCCAGCCUGGCCAGCGCCAAGGGAGACCCCGGCCCCGAGGAGGAGAUGAGGGCUGCCGGCACCGCCUCGCCCCUCCGCCUGGAGGAGACCAGCAGUUCGGAAAGCGGCGUCAGCUCCGGCAGCGGCGGCGGCGGCGGGGAGCCCGGCGAGGCAGACCGACGGGUGCUGCAGCUGAAGACGCAGCUGUCCACCGUCACCGGCGCCCUGGCCACCGUCACCCAGGAGAAGUCCCGCAUGGAGGCCUCCUACCAGGCCGACAAGAGGAAGAUGAAGCAGGAGCUGGAGGAGCUCGGCAGGCAGGCGGGCGAGGAGCGCAGCGCCCUGGAGAGCGAGCUGAGGGGGGCCCAGGAACAGCUGGCCGAGACCAAAGCCCGCCUGAUCACCCAGCAGCACGACCGGGCGCAGGAGCAGAGUGACCACGCCGUCAUGCUGCGGGAGCUGCAGCGCCUGCUGCAGAGCGAGAGGGCCCAGCGGCAGGAGGCCGAGCUGAGCCUGGAGGAGGCCAGAGAGGCCCUGGCCGGCAAAACGGGGGUGGCCGACCAGGCGGAAGGCUACGAGCGCCGCGCCAAGCAGCUGGCCCAGGAGGCGGAGAGCCUGAAGAGGGCCCUGCAGGCUGUGCAGGAGGAGAGCAGCAGGCCCGACCCCCAGCUGCAGGAGCUGCAGGCCGAGGUGGCCGCCCUCAAGAGCCAUUUCCAGGCCCAGCUGCUGCAGGAGAUGAAAAAGACUGCUCAGGCUGAGGAGCGGGUCCAGGCGGAAGAGCGGAGGGUGACCAGCCUGGAGGGCCAGAUGUCCGAGGUGUCGGAGCUGCUGGGCACCUACGAGAAGGCCAAGCAGAAGGACCAAAUGACCAUCCAGAAGCUGAAGGACCGCAUCGCCCAGCUGGACCUGGAGAACAAGACGCUGGCCAUGGCUGCCUCUGGCCGCUCCUCCCUGGAGAUCCCCACCGAGGAGUCCAACUUGGACGUCAACAUCCUGAAGGAGAUGGAGAAGCGGCGGCAGUUGGUGCAAGCGGCCGCCAAGCACGGCCCGUGCCUGGUGGCCCCGGAGGCCGCCUGCCCGCCAGAGCUGCCCAAGGGCACAGAGGCUGGGGACGGAGAGAGGGCCUCCGCCGCCUACUGCCAGCAGGAGCUGAAGCAGCUCAAGGAGGAGUUCGAGCGGUACAAGCUGAGGGCUCAGGUGGUCCUCAAGAACAAGUCGGCCAAAGAUGGCAGCCUGGCCAGAGAGCUGGAGGAGGCGCAGGAGCAGCUGGUGGAGCUGAAGGAGAAGUACGUCUCCCUGCGGCUCUCCUGCGAGGAGGUGGAGAAGCAGCACCGGCAGGAGGUGGAUGCCAAGAGGCAAGAGCUGUCCCGCCUCCAGCAGCUCCACAGGCAAGAGCUGGAGAAGUGCCGGGUGGCCUGCCAGGAGAAGGCCUUCCGGGUGGAGGAGGAGAUGCACAAGCAGCGGGACCGGGCACUGGCGGUGCUGGCCGAGAAGGACCAGGAGCUGGCGCAGCUGAGGACCGUGGUCUUGCCCUCAGGCCUCCAGGGAGCCAAGAGGGCCUCCCUCGGGGGGCCGGGCCCCCAGGAUGAUGGUGGCAGCCAGGGCCCGCUGGGGGCCGAGCCUUUGGAGAGCCUCACCCAGGCCCUGCGCCUGACUGCCCCUGACAAGCCCGGCUUCCUCUUGUACACAGAGCAGCUGGCCCGCAAGGGGGUGGAGGUGGCCACUCUGAAGAAGGAGAAGCACCGGCUGGAGGCGGAGGCGCACCACCUGCGGGAGAGGCUGCUGGAGGAGGGGGAGAGGCACCGGGAGGAGGUCGCCGCUCUCCAGGGCCACAUCCAGAAGAACUGCCGGGACCAGAGCAGGGAAGGAGCCAACCUGGAGUACCUCAAGAACAUUUUCUAUCGGUUCCUUACCUUGACAGACUUGCUGGGUCGACAGCAGACGCUGACGGCCAUCCUGACCAUCCUUCACUUCAGCCCGGAGGAGAGGCAGGUGAUUCUGAGGCACGUGGGGGGCAGCCACAGUUGGUGGCUGUCUGGGAAGAGAUGA